AAACAAAUUUCCAUACCCUCUCCAAGAUAUACGGUGUGUCGUUUGUGGAGGGGUCCGAGGAUUGUGUGCAGAAUGCCAGAACCCGAGGGAGUCAUGCACAAGCUGUACAUGGACCGGCAACUUCCGCCCAAAGUUGCCGAAGUCGCUCGAGUGCAGGGUGAAGAUCCGGACAGGACGAGUUUGUUGAUCGAAGAGUUGAGAGACAUGAUUUAUGAAAAAGGAGAAUGCGUCCCGCACCGCGUGGAUGAUGACUAUUUGAUAAAAUUCCUUCGUGCCCGGUUCUGGAACGUGCAACAUUCCUACAAUCUAAUGGUACGCUACUACGCCUUCCGUGAGAGUAAUCCGGAGUUUUACGAGAACGUUAAUCCGAUGUCGCUGCGCUCGCUGGGAGACGACGACAUCAUCUCCAUUUCGCCGUACCGCGAUCAGGAGGGUCGGCGUGUGAUUUGCUUCAAGUUUGGUAAAUGGCGCCCGUCCAAGAUUCCAAUCGUGGAUCUGUUCCGUGCCACCAUGCUGCUGUUGGAAGUCGGCUCACUGGAACCACAGUCGCAGGUACUUGGCGGCAUUGGCAUCAUGGAUCUGGAGGGUCUUACGCUGAAUCACGCCUGGAAUCUUACGCCGGCGGUUGCGCAGAAAAUGUUAGCCCUGCUUGCCACCAGUAUGCCACAGCGCACGAGCCAAAUUCACAUCGUCAAUCAGGGCUGGGUGUUCGAUACGGUGUUUCAGAUGUUUAAACCCUUGCUGACAGAGAAGAUGCGGCAGCGGCUCUUUUUCCACGGUACGGAUCGUGCCUCACUGCAAAAGUAUAUCGAUCCGGAGGCGCUACCGGAACGUUACGGUGGCACCAAGCCGGAAUAUCCGUACACUUAUUGGUUGGAGCACUUGAGCCAGAAUGAGAAGGUUGUCGAAGAGCUGCAACAGCUCGGAUAUGUAUCGGAACCGCUAGCAGAAGAUUGA